AUUUAAUAACUACAGUGGUUCAACAGUGGCGACAAUGCUGCCAUUGCUGCUGGGUAUUAGCAAGUUAGCUUACGUGUUUAGCUUUAAAUUCAGCCCCCAUCAGUAUGACAAUCGAAGACAUAACAAUUUAUUAAUUAUAGUUCGCUAGUGAAUCUAGACUUACUCGUGUGCUAACGGUGCUUGGAUCGGUUCACUGAAACAGAGCGAAGUCCCGAAGGUGAUUGCGCCACAAUUUGGAGAAAACCACAAAACCCAAGAUUCCAUAGGAAACCGAAGGCAGGAAGUGCUUUUUCAGUGACACCGGAAGUUCAAUGCGCCUCUGGCCCAACCAUCAUAACCAUCAUGCCAGCACUUCUUGAGAGACCCAAGCUGUCCAACGCCAUGGCGCGGGCCCUUCACAAGCAUAUCAUGAGAGAGAGGGAGCGGAAAAGACAAGAGGAGGAAGAAGUGGACAAAAUGAUGGAGCAGAAAAUGAAAGAAGAAGAAGAAAGGAAAAGGAAGAAAGAGAUGGAGGAAAGGAUGUCCCUGGAGGAGACAAAGGAACAGAUCAUGAAAAUGGGAGAGAAGCUCCAGGGGCUGCAGGAGGAGAAACACCAGCUCUUCCUCCAGCUGAAGAAAGUCCUCCAUGAGGAGGAGAAGAGACGGAGGAAGGAGCAGAGUGACAUGACAACUCUGACCUCUGCUACUUAUCAGCCCAGCAUGGCCAUCCACUCAGGACAGCACCUGCUGAGCAUGCAAGGCAGUCCAGUGAGUCAUGGUCGGCCUGGGGCUCUGUUAGGGGAACGCAGUAAACAACUGUUUCAGUCCCCUGUCGUUCCGGGGCGCCAUUUCCCGACCCAGCCUGGCUUCAAUGCUGGGAGCUCUGAACACGGGCAGUAUUCAGCCAGCCAGACUGGGCAUGGGCCCUACGGAGUGUCCCAGCCUCAGCACGCCUCCCCCUAUGCCCCCAGCCAGCCUGUCCCAGUCAGCUACGCCAGCAGCUCCCAGCUUAGAGGGGCCUCAGCCUUCCAGGCUAUGCAGUACCUCCCUCACCAGCAGCAGGGCUAUACAGUGCACAGCCACUUCACCUCUCAGCCAAGUUUUAUCCCCAGUGCUGGCAUACCCCUCCAAAAGCAGUUGGAACAUGCCAACCAACAGUCUGGCUUUACUGACUCGAGGCCCAUGCACCCCCAGGCUCUCCAUGCCAGUGCCGCAGGCCUCCUCCCCAGCUCCUCCAUCGCUGUCCAGAUUCCCUCAGCCAAGUCCGGUUUGUCAUACAACCACCCUCCCCGCCCAGCUUCUCCCGGGAGUUUUCCCCACGGGACACCCCCACAGCAGGCACAUUCGGCUACUUUCCAGAGCUCUCCACAGCAGACUCCUCGCCACACCUACCUUUCCCACAGCCAAUCAGGGCAGAGGUUCUAUCACCAUAGCAAGUAAUCUCUUCACCUGUGACCCAGGUGGAGGGGGCAGAAUAAUCUCAUGGUCUGUUGGUUUUCUUCUGAUCCCAAGAGGAGAUGUGAUCUUUUUUUUACAGACCAAUCAGGUAGUGCUGACCCUAAAUAUCUGUGGGGGCCCCUAGUAUUUGGCUUUAUUGCUCAGCGUCCUCUCUUAAUCUCAUCUGUCAGAGAUUGCAGAACCUCUCCAUGUUUGUUGCUUAUGGUUGAAAUGUUUAGGAUUAGAAAAAUCUGUAUUUCCUGAUUGAUCAGUAAAAAUUAGAUCACUGCUGAAAUGGAUAUCAAGAUUUGCUUGACAUGAUUUGCUUUAUGUUAUCUUUCAUUGUUUCAGUCCUUUGCACACAGGGACACAGUGGAUAUUUUAGUCUGUGAUUUCAGUCACAAGUAGCAGAUGGAAGAUUCAAAUCUACAUAGGCCUGUUUAAACUGAAAGGCCUACAUAGGGCUAUUUAACUUGUAAGUUAUUGAAGUUAUCCUGGAUAAUGCAGGAAUUGCCAUUUCAGGGCAAUUUGGUUAAGGACUAAUUUUUUUCUUUUUAUUGGGAGUCUCAAAAAUGCAACCAUUCUGGAAAAGUUUCUUCAAGUCAAUAUUUUCAAGUAAUUUUCUUCAUUUGUGUGUGUGUACAGUAUAUGUACAUUUAUGACUUGUAGCUAUGAGAUUUCUAAUAAUUAAUAGUGUACAGUUCUUUUGAAUUCAGUAGUCUCCCAUAUACCCAUGAACAACAACAUGGCGUCCCCACUCCCUUUCACACGAAGUGGAGAGAGCCAUCUUUAACAUCAGAUUUAGCAUUUUACAAAUUAUUCUGUCAUGAUUCAUGAUUGCACUAUAAACCAAAUAGACAUCAAAUUUACAUUUAUUUUCUAGUUUGUGAUUAACUGAUGUAUCUACUAUUAAACGAUUGUGUAAAAAGCC